AUGUGGUCUCAAGGCCCUACACUUGGGGUUCUGUUCUUGUUAUUCAUCUGUCAAGUUUGUGCCACGAGCCUUUCUCAACUUCAAUCCGAGUUCAACUCCCCUGCCAACAUCUCUGCUCGUGCCAGAGUGCAGAAGCCUACUCGAUGCCCCAAAGAACUCGCCAGCUAUGAUUCCAUGCAGUGGACCGUUUAUCCCAGCACUUCAAGGGUUACCCGAUGCAACCAGACAAUGCUUUUGGAUUUCAUGCUAUACAAUCCGUUGAACAACAGUGACAGCCGACACACAAUAUAUAGUACGGUUGCGAAUUCGACAACCACCUUUUCGGAUGCUAGCUCUGGUACAUCCUGCCUCGAUAUAUCUACGCAGUCUGAUGCUACCUACCAAGUUGGCUUUUGGGGUGCCGCAGAUUCGGAUGCCUCCGAUUUGGACUUGACUCCGUUGCAAGCUGUCAACUCAUACAUGACUGGCAAUUGUCAAAAGUCGACGAUAUUUUCUUUCUCUGAAUCUGAAAACAUGGCUGUGGGUAUUUAUGUUGGGGGUAGUGUUCAACAUACCCUUAACGUUGAUUUUGCCGUCGAAGAAAUGACCAAAAUUCUUGAGGCUGGAGACUCUAGCUCAAGCAUGAUCUUGCAGUACUGUGGCACCAACUCAAACUAUACCCUAGGUAUUGCGGUUGAUUUGACUGGCAAUAUCGCGGCUGUCCAGCAGUAUGUCAAAACUUGGAGCGACGGUGGGUGUGUCUCUGGUUUCACCAAGAGUGAAACUGUGGCCACUACUCUGUAUUCUACCAACUUCAACUCGCGUGUCAGCACCUCAAAUUCCUCCUCUCAGAGCAAUAGCACCUUAUCGAUCAGAUCCCACGGUCCUCACGGUCAUACCAUUACACACACCCAUUCUCAAGACCUACAUCGCCGCUCAACCUGCUCCUACGUACAGGUCAUUUCUGGAGAUUCUUGUCCCUCCUUAGUCACAGAGUGUGAUAUCACAGAUGCUGAGCUCUACGAGUACAACACAGCUUCAGACCUAUGUUCUACCCUUGCUGUUGGACAAUAUAUCUGUUGCUCAUCAGGUAGUCUUCCAGACUUCGCACCAACUGUUUCUUCAAACGGAACCUGUUACACAUAUAACGUGGCCUCGGGCGACACUUGCUCGGCAAUUGCUGCUACUUACAGCUUGACUGUUGAUGACAUCGAUAGCUUCAAUGAUGACACUUGGGGCUGGUAUGGCUGUGAUGAUUUGCAGGCCGGCCAAGCCAUUUGCCUUUCCAAUGGUACUGCUCCUUACCCAGAAUCUAUCUCCAGCGCUGUUUGCGGUCCCCAGGUUCCAGGAACCAAUUUCACCGGAACCGAUGGUGCUGCGGACUGGGCUGCCUUGAAUCCUUGCCCUCUUAACGCCUGCUGCGAUAUCUGGGGCGAGUGCGGAGCUACUCCUGAUUACUGCAACGAUACACUAGCGGCUAGUGGUGCACCUGGAACAGCCCCGGCUGGCUCUAACGGUUGUAUCUUUAAUUGCGGAACAACGAUUGUCAAUACCGCUACAGCGCCUGCUUCUUAUUCUGCUGUUGGGUACUUCGAAGCUUAUAACGUUGAACGUUCUUGUCUGAAUAUGAAUGCUAUUAGCAUUGAUGUCGAAAAGUACACCCACGUUCACUUUGCUUUUGGAAAUAUCACUUCAAACUUUUCAAUUAGCAUUGCAGGCCAAGAGCAACAAUUUGAAUACUUUCGGGAGCUGGCUGGUGUCAAGCAAAUCAUGAGUUUCGGUGGUUGGGAUUUCUCCACAAACAUUGACACUUACAUGAUCUUCCGCGAAGGUGUUGCUGCAGAUAACCGUGAUACUUUGGUCAGCAAUAUUGUGGACUUUGUUACAACCUAUGCUCUCGAUGGAGUGGACUUCGACUGGGAGUAUCCAGGUGAACCUGAUAUUGCUGGAAUUCCUGCCGGUAGUGACGAAGAUGGCUCAAACUACUUAGCCUUCCUCGAAGCUCUUCGCACUGCUAUGCCAGAUAAGUCUAUCUCUAUCUCAGCUCCCGCCUCUUACUGGUAUUUGAAAGCCUUUCCUAUUGCAGAGAUUGCAGAUGUUGUGGAUUAUAUCAUCUACAUGACAUACGAUCUUCACGGCACCUGGGACCUUGGGGAUGAGUGGGCUCAAGACGGUUGUACCGCAGGUGAUUGUUUAUUCAGUCAUGUGAACUUGACUGAGACGUUGUGGGCAUUAUCUAUGAUCACCAAAGCCCCUGUAGCUACCAGCUCUAUCAUGGUAGGUGUUACUAGCUAUGGCCGCUCAUUUGAGAUGACUACAGCUGGUUGCUACACCUCAGAUUGUACCUGGGAUGCGGCUGGAGCUGCUGGACCUUGUACUGACACCGCUGGGUAUAUCUCAAAUGCAGAAAUCAACCAAAUUCUCGCGGAAAAUUCCAAUUCAGAGCAGCUCUUUAGCAGCGGUGAUGACUCUGACAUCGUGGUUUACAAUGACACACAAUGGGUGGCAUAUAUGACCAACACGACAAAGAGCACUCGCACUGCCUACUAUGAGACUUUCAAUUUCGCGGGAACUAGCGAGUGGGCCAUUGACUUGGAGGAGUAUGAGCUUUAUUUCGACGCCUCAGGAGAUGAUCUUGUUGAGCUAGAAGCGUAUGGGGAUAGUUUGAGCCUGGAUGUUACGGUGGACUACGAUCUAGCGUGCAUCAAUCUGGUUUCAGGUGUUAACACCACUGCUGAGCUUGAGAAAUACAUUGUCCUGGCAGCGACUGAGAUCGAUGCAGUGCUUACUGAGUAUAGCGGUGAUCCCAAAGAUUGGUUUGCCGAAAUGACGAGUGGUCAUUCCAACGGCGGUGACUCGUGCGUCGAUUUCCCUGCGGCAGGAUGCACUGCUCUGUCUGAACAAUACUGCGCCGACGGUGACAUCUCAGAUGCUCUGUUUUGGGCUUCGUACAUUGCACAGCAACUCUACCAAAUUUUGCUGCAGUGGUACUCUGCUUUUAACGAGGCCAGCUUCAUAAGCGGGAUGGACAUAGCAACCAUCGCUGAUACCUUUGCACCCACAACAGACGGUGACACUUCGAGCUUUGCCAGUCUCCUGAGUACCUUUUCCAGUUCACUCGGCAUUGCCGCUACGGUGGUCCCUGAAGUUGAUGGGGUCAACACAGCUGUCAGUACGGUUUCGAGUUUUGUUAGUCUUCUGCCAAGCGCAAGUGAUUUCAGUCUUCCCACUAGUUCGGACCUUGCGACUGCUCUGGAGUCUAUGAUGGAGACGGUUAUCAAUGCUACUCUCACAGCCCUCGCCGAUCUCAGCACCGAUAUUUUCGAAUACCCAAAUCGUGCCAGCAACUUGCCGAGUGACUUGAUCACUGGUCCUUUCACCCAUGAUGUGGCCAACUAUAUCUACAAUACGAAGCCCCUGUUCGAGAUAGACGCUGAUUCUUGGCUGAGCUUGGUGGAUACUUUCAAUGUCACCAUGAAAAAGGCUAUGGUUGGGACGGCUCUCGGUGCCGGCGACUAUUACAUCUUGAGAGAUGCAUCUACCUCCGAGGAUGAUUGCACUGGAACUGCCAAAUACUACAUUGAUGGGAGCUGCUACACGUUAGCCUACCCUGGUCUUUCAACCUGCACAGUUGGAAACGGUCUCUCAACCCACGCUGAAGCAGAUACAAUCGCCAGCAUCAUCAGCUACGGAAUCGAUGUGGAAAACUUGAUCACGAUUUCAUACGACUGUCAGAAUGCAACCGGGGAGUACUUCGGUACUGUGGAUGCUGAUAUUUCGAGUUUGACUGAUGGGGGCAGUCUCCCGACUUGCUUCUACAAUCUGCCUGUCCUGGAUCUCCUGGUUGUUGAUGGUAAAGCUCCCGAUACAAACAGCCCCUGCUGGCUAGUUCUUGAGCAAAGCGCAACUACCAAUAUUACUGGAGAGACGUAUCUGCCCGAUAACUUGUAUUCCAUCUUCGAGGAUGAUUGCGAAUGUCAUGAAACGAGUCUUUGCGCGCGCAGUGAUCUGACAGCGCUAGAGAAAAGACUUUACUGUUAG